ACUCAUUGAAAUCAGAAUGGCUCGCUUUCUUUCUAACGCAAAGUUUCUUUCAUCUCUCGUCGAUGGCGUCUCAGUGGCAAUCACAAGCAGGCGAGGUUACGCUGCAGCAGCAACUGAAGGUGUAGUGGUUGCAUCGAACAUGGCGAAAGGAAGUGGGGCCAGAAGCGAAGUGGUUAAGGUGAAGGCAGGAGAGGGAAUCAGGGGAACCAUGAAAGAAACAUCGGAAACUAAAUUUUGGGCACCAGAUCCUGUCACUGGUUACUACCGCCCAGAGAAUGUUGCGGGUGAAACCGAUGUGGCUACGCUUCGGGAGUUGCUCUUGAACAAGGUUAGACAACAACUCUAGAUUUA